UAUUUAGCGUAUUUGGUAGGAGAUGGAAGAAAGGAAGAAAAGAGAGGAGGGAGGCUGUUUUCGAGUCUGAGAUGUGUGAGAGAGAGAGGAGGAGGAGGAGGGAUGGAGAGUGAGAGUACUAAGAGCUGAGAGGAAUCUGUCAAAUUCAAACACACGGCUCUCUCUCUCGCUGUCUGUGCCAUGAAGAGAACGAGGGAUGGGAGAAGAGAUCUGAGGAAAAGAUAGAAAGAGACAGCACAAAGUGAGGCCAGUCCAGCCUAUGAAUCGGUAUUCCAUGGACACAUCCAACCGGCCUAACAUCUAUGGUGAUUAUGGCCGAGCUACGCUGAUGAUGCCGCUGUGCUGUGUGCGGCUGUAGGUCAAUCAAACGGUCAGGGGGGAAAGGUCACAGACCGCAGAGGCGUGUGCAGGGCCUGUGGUUGGAAGGUUAAAGAAGAAGAGGUCAUUAGGCAGAGGCUCAGGAAGAGACGUGCAUCAGCAGGGAGCAAAAAUGAUGACAUCACAUGGAAAACUGAGGAGGGAGAAGGGCAGUCUGGCCGAGUAUGAAUCACAGAUGAAAGACCUGCGAGCCCAGCUGACUGACCAGAUCAAGAUUUUGGACUCCCAGGUAGAAGUGAAACAGCAGCAGCUCUCAGACCUGUCAGAGUUCCUCCGUCGACGGGGGGAUAUUGAGGCAGAAUAUGCACGCGCCCUGGAUAAACUCACUGAAAGGUUCACGCACAAGACUAAGAAGAAGGAGCAGUGGGGCCAGUCGGUUUGUCAAGUCUGGUCUGUUUUGCUGACUCAGACUCGUUUGGAGAGUCGUGAGCAUUCGGCAUUGGGCGACACCUGCUGCAACACGCUCACACAGCAUUUAGUGCACAGUACAGAGGACUCACAUCGACUACACAAACGGAGCAAAGAGGUUGGAAUCCAAAUGCAGGAUGAGUUACUUAAGGUCACCACUGAGCUGCAAACGGCUUUGAAGACAUACAACCAGUACCACACUGACUGCCUGAUAGCUGAGGGCAAACUGAAGGAGGCUGAGCGCUUAGAGGAGAGACACACAGGCAAAUCUGCUGAGCUCGGCCUCGGCCAAUCAGGAGGACAGAGGCGGAGCUCUGUCAAGAAGAUGGAGAGAUUGAUGGAGAAAAGGCAUGGCAGAGUGCAGGAGACCCAGCUAAAGUGCACCAAGGCCCGCAAUGACUACCUGCUCAAUCUUGCCGCAGCCAAUGCAGCUAUGAACAAGUACUACCUGCAAGAUGUCAGCACUCUCAUUGAUUGCUGCGACCUGGGUUUCCAUCCGUCUGUGGAGAGAGUGAUGAAGUGCUACCUGGCCAGCAGGUGGCGCAUCCAGAAGACUGAGGAGGCAGGGCUUAAACAGCUGGAGGCUGCUGUGACAUCACUGGACCAGGGUGGAGACAGAGAUGCACUGCUUCAGCAGCACGACUCUGCCUUCUGCCUUCCCUUUAGGUUCAGCUACCACCCUCAUGAGGGCGACCAGGUGUGCGAGGUGAGUGCGGAGAGCCAGGUGAGGUAUGAACUGGAGACCAGAUUUCAGCAGCUUCAGUCUCGACUAGCUGCUGUCACAUUGGAAACAGAGGAGGUCAGUAAAACACUCAAAGCGACACUGACCGCCCUGCUGGACUGUAUGUGUGACAGCGACUGCAACCCCUCACCCGACGUGCCCAGCAGCCUAUCACACGAGCCCCCUGGAGGAAGUGCCACCGCCCCAAAACUUGCCCUCGCCAAGCGUCGUGCCAAUCAGCAAGAGACUGAGACAUACUAUUUUACAAAAGUAAAGGAGUUUCUCACCAGUAGCUCUCUGACUUCCAAACUUCAAGCCAAACAUGAUCUACUCCAAGAUGCCAUACAGAAAGCUGAGGCAGUCAACACAGACCCCUCCAGAAUUCACUGUGCUCGCUCGAUGCGCACACGGAAGUCCAGACCUGUUUCCCAAUUUUGCCACACACUGUUCACCACAGAUAUACUGUCCUGCAUGCAGAGCUCUGGCCAGCAGAUCCCUGUGGUGGUUGAGAGCUGCAUCCGCUUUAUAAACCUUCACGGUCUCCACCAUGAAGGUAUAUUCAGAGUUCCUGGGUCACAGAGAGAAGUUAAUCUGAUCAAGGAUGCAUUUGAGCAAGGAGAAGACCCUCUGUCAGACAGUGAGUGUGACCUGGACUCUGUGGCUGGGGUGUUGAAGCUUUACUUCAGGGGCCUUGAGCCUCCUCUCUUUCCCUAUGACAGCUACUUGCCUCUGCUGGACUGUGUCCAAAUCGAGAGCAUGACAGAGAAAGCUGCGCAGAUUAAGGCAAUUGUCUCCGCCUUCCCACGGCCUCUCCUCAUUGUGAUGCGAUACCUGUUUGCGUUCCUCAAUCACGUGACUCAGUACAGUGACGAGAACAUGAUGCAGCCCUACAACCUGGCUGUUUGCUUCGGUCCCAGCCUGCUGAGGGGAGUUGAUUCAGACGAUGCUGUCGCUAGGCAGCCACAGGUCAAUGACCUCGUCAAAACCAUGAUCCUGCAGCAUGACAUCAUCUUCCCUGGCCAAACAGAAUUGCCUGGCCCAAUCUAUGAGAAGCACAUGACUCUUGAGCAGGAGUACUGUGAACCAAUAACAGAAGAAGGUGAUGGAGAGGCCGAGCAUCUGCCAAGUGAGGAUGAAUGGGAAGCUGUGGCGAUGUUCGACUAUGUGGCGAGAUCGCCGGCGGAGCUGUCGUUCAAGCAGGGAGAACUCCUCAUUCUUCACAGCAAGGCCUCCUGUGAUUGGUGGAGGGGCGAAGCUGGAGGGGUCAAAGGACUCAUCCCACACAAGUACAUCAGCGUGCUGGAAGGUUCGGAGAGAGGGAAAAGAGAUGAAGGAGGAGGAGGAAGUACUGGAAAUCUGACAGCUGAGGAUCCACAUACAGAGAACACAGUUCGGAUGCGGGUAAACAGCGACGGCGCUUCUUUGCCAGGGCGACAGAGAGGAAGCGAUGGCAGCCCUGGUCGAAAGCCACCAACCUCCCCGGCCACAAGACACCUGCCUGUGUCUCAGGAACGAAGACACACUCUGGACACUGUGAGACAAGCAGGGUUCAAACCCGCAGACAGACCUGCAUGUGCUCAGCCAGAUAGGACAAGUGCUGUUGACAAGGACAUGAUCAGUCGCCAGAUGAACUCAGUGUUCAAGGAGCUCCUGUCUCGCCAGCCUCCCAUGCAAGCGCCCACCCUCACCGCCGUGGCCCCCCCUGCUUCUCUUCCUCCUUCUACUUCUUCCUCAUCUUCCUCUCCCCUCCCUCAAGCAGCCCCCACUGCCAAAAAAGUGGGCUUCGGUAUCCGAGGACGAGCCCUUUUUCGGCCAGUGGACUGAGGUUGGAUGGGUGAUUUAAUGCUGUCAUUGCAUUCUGGGAAUAUCUUGAUUUGUUUUUAGGAUAAAUGUGUAUAUAUUUACAUCUGUGCCAUCUCAUAGUACCACAUGGUGCUGUAUUGCAGUAUGUCUUAGUGUGUUUUACGGCUUCUUUUUGCUCUUUUCUUUUGUAAAUGUUCCGGUCUAUUUUUUGGUCUCCUCUUUUGGGGAAUCAGGGAAGUGUUGUCAAUGAAGGUGUAUUAGGGCCACACCGAAAAGACAAAAAAAUUUAAUUAUGUAUUGUUAUGAGAAUAAGGGUGUGUUUUUGCGAGAAAAACUUUAAGCUCAUAAAAUUGUGACUUUUUUUAUACUACAAGAACUUUCUUCACAUGAAAAAUCAGACUUUAUUCCCAUAUUCCCGCAUAUAUAUAAUUUCAACUUUGUUCACAUGUUCUCAUAAUAUUACAAUUAAUGUACCCCGCCUCUUGCCCAAAGACAGCUGGGAUAGGCUUCAGCAUACCCACCACCCUAGUGAGGACAAACGGUAUAAAAAAUGGAUGGAUGAAAAAAGUUUUCUCAUAAUAUUAUGAAUUAGUUCUCAUAAAAUAAACAUAUUUUUCUCUUAAUAAAACAACUUAGACUUUUGUGACUUCUGUUUUAAAUAAUAUUACAACAUUAUUCAAAUAAAUUCUGACUCUAUUAUCCUAUCCUAUCCUACUAUUACACAUUCUUAAUUUUUUUCUUAUAUUGCCAGUACUAUAACACUGUGGCCUAGUGGUUACCAUGUUGGCUGCACAGGUAGAAGAUCAAGGGUUUGAAUCUCCGUUUGGGCAUCUCUUUGUGCAGUUUGUUCGCAUGUUCUUCCCCCUGUGUGGGUUUUCUCCCGAGUACUCCAGCUUCCUCUCACAUUGCAAAAAUAUGCAUGUUAGUGUUGUUUGUCUAUACGUGUCCUGCGGCUGGCUGUCAGCAACCAGUCCAGGGUGUACCCUGACUCUCGCCCGAAGUCAGAUGGAGUAGGCACCAGCUCACUCCUGAUCCUAAUGAGGACAAGUGGUAUAGAAAAUGGAUGGAUUACCUUUUAUAGAAAUUACAUUUUUUUCUGGUAUUAUUACACUUUCAUUCUCAUAAAACUGUUUUUUUUCCCCUCAUAAUAUUAUGGUUAUAUUCCUGUAACAUGAUUUUUUUCCAUAAUAUUACAGUUUUAUUCUUUCAAUAUUAUAACCUUUUUCUUGUGAUAUUACGUCUUUAAUUUUGUUGAAAUGAUCAUUUUUCGCUUGUACAAAUACACUUUUAUUCUUAAAAAAAAUUGGAUAAUAUUAUUAAUAUGAUUUGUAUUCCCACAUUUAAAGAAAAAUACUUAAUUCUUGUAAAUUCUUGUAUCAAUUUAUUCUCAUAAUAUUAUGCAUUUUCUCCCCGUGCGUGCGUGGGUUUUCUCCGGGUACUCCGGUUUCCUCCCACAUUCCAAAAACAUGCAUGUUAGGUUAAUUGGAGACUCUAAAUUGUCCAUAGGUAUGAAUGUGAGUGUGAAUGGUUGUUUGUCUAUAUGUGCCCUGCCAUUGGCUGGCGACCAGUCCAGGGUGUACCCCGCCUCUCGCCCGAAGUCAGCUGGGAUAGUCUCCAGCAUACCCCCUAGACCCUAGUUAGGAUAAGCGGCACAGAAAAUGGGUGGAUGGAAUAUAAUGCUUUUUUUUCAUAAAAUUGCAGAUUUCUGUGUUUUAAAAAAAAUUGUUCCAAAUGAAGAUGUUUUUCUUGCAACAUGACAACUUUAUUCUCAUAAAAUUGUGACUUAGGUUUUGGCUGAUUUGACUAUAUUCUCACAAUUCCAACGUUAUUUACAGCAUUAUUAUGUUUCCAGUGUGGCUCUAAUACUCCUUUGUAAUAAUCAGUGAUAAUGCUUUUAGACAUGUUAACAACAGAUACACUGCUCUUUAGUGGCAGAUUUGAAAACAGUUCAUUGUUAUAUUAGUAAAAGAGGAAAAGAGACAGCUGUCCUGAGGCGUAUGUCAAGGAGUGCCUCCAUGCUUUUUUCACUUUUUUUUCUACAACAUGUGACUUAAGAGAUGUUAGCGUUGACAUUGCAGUAUGUAAUAGUAGCAUGCAGUGAUUAACUCAAGAUGAUGAUGACAUUCCCUUUCAUAUGUGACACAUGGCCUACAAGGCAAAACUCAGGGCUUUGCAGCGUUGCAGAUGGGCUAACUCAGGUUUGCCUUUGAAAGAUUUCAUAAGUCAGUUGUUUUUGCUUGUCUUCGUUCAAGCUGUACAAGAGCCUCAACUGCCCUCACGUCAAGAGGACAAGUUCUGUGACCUCCUCUGAUUGAAACUGUGAAUCCUGCAGCAAAGUUUUAGAAACUCACUCUUAUCUGCACACAUAGUGGUGGUUUAAGAGUGUUUGAGAUGGUUUUACAUGCAUUAAGUCCCCCCUUCUGUUGAGUUUUAGUAGAAACAUUAAGGUAAAACAUUUUGUUCGUUUUACACAAUUGGUUUGGACUUCAUUGAUAAUAUCACUAGAUUUAAAGUGUCAACGUAUAUAUGUGGUGAUAAAAAAGAAAUUAUGAUGACAAUAAAGGCUGG